AAAGUCCAGAAGCAUCAAUUAAAGCCAAAUCAAGGCAUGAAUAGGGGAAAAAAAGAAAAAACCGAAGAAAGAAGAAACUAGUAUCACCGCACCGGCGAGCCGUCGUCGGAGUUUCCUUCUCGCCGUUUGCCUCCAAAGAAGCGUCUGAAUAGAUAAAAAUGGUCACGUCAGCCAUGGUGAACACAUACCCACUCUCUAGCUAUACAUUUGGCACAAAAGAACCUAAAAUGGAGAAGGAUUCAUCCGUUGCCGAUCGCCUUGCUCGUAUGAAAGUCAACUACAUGAAGGAGGGUGUAAGGACAAGUGUUGAAGGAAUUCUCUUGGUACAAGAACAUAAUCAUCCUCACAUUCUUCUUCUGCAAAUUGGGAACACAUUUUGCAAACUUCCAGGUGGACGCCUAAAGCCAGGAGAAAAUGAAAUCGAGGGUUUGAAAAGGAAACUCUCCAGCAAACUUGCAGCUAAUUCUCCUACCCUUCAGCCAGAUUGGCAGAUAGGUGAUUGCGUUGCCACCUGGUGGAGGCCGAACUUUGAAACCAUAAUGUAUCCAUACUGUCCACCACACAUAACAAAACCUAAGGAGUGUAAGAAGCUCUACCUUGUUCACUUAUCUGAAAGAGAGUACUUUGCAGUCCCCAAAAAUCUAAAACUUCUUGCUGUGCCAUUGUUUGAACUUUAUGACAAUGUUCAGAGAUAUGGACCUGUAAUAUCUACAAUUCCUCAACAGCUUUCCAGAUUCCAGUUCAACAUGAUCCAUCAAUAGAAUAGUAGAUGGACAUUUCAAGUGCUCCUCGGGGAUAAAAAUGGCAUCAAGUUGAUUUGGUUGGGUUCCCAUAGUUUGAGGGUGACUGAGGCCUAAUCCAUGACUUGAUUCACUUUUCUACAAUAGGCGGAUAGAUGACACUCAUCUGAUUAUGUGUUAAAUUGGCUUCUUUUGCAUGUCCACAAAGAUGGGUACGAUAUGAACGCAUGUUAACUUGCAACUUUGCAGUGUACAAUAUUGACAUAUUUUUGUGUACUUGCUUGUUGAAUAUUGACUUAGGGCUGUGCUAGGUUUCUUUCGUUCCGAGAGGCUCUCAGAAGUAGCAAUUGUAAGUGAUCUUUCUUCGGUGAAUCACUGAUGAAAGUGGUGCUGUUCUCGUCUUAUUGUCUUGAUAAGAGUUUGUGUUCAUGAGGGCAAAAAGAAGAGAAGUAGAUAUUCUAGUUUCUUCUAGUCUCCCGUGCGAGACAAUUUUGUUUCAGGCCUGUGAUUUUCAAAUGUUUCAUUAUGGAAUGCCGAAAUUUUGCAGCUUGUAUAGCUUUGAAUACCGAAAACAGCUACUUUCUAGACUUGGUUGAAGUGAUCAUUACUAUGUAACAA